CGAACAUUUUGAGCCGUUAAACAUCUCAGUGUUGAGGUAGAAAAAUGGGGAAGAAAGGUGGGGUGUUCCGGUUUGCAGACGGUGUCGACAAGCUGCUCAUGUUUCUCGGUGUUCUUGGCAGCGUCGGAGAAGGGCUGGCGUCUCCACUCACCAUGUACGUGACGAGUGGAGCAAUAGACGCGUUCGGGCAGUUUAGCCGGUCCAUCGAGCGUGAGGUGGUGGACAAGUAUGGGCUCAGGCUGUUCUAUAUUGCUAUUGGAGUUGGCUUUGCUAGUUUCUUUGAAGGACUUUGCUGGACAAGAACUGCAGAGAGACAAACCUCAAGAAUUCGGACAGAAUAUCUAAAAUCAGUUCUCAGACAAGAAGUAGGCUUCUUCGACAACCAGGAUUCUUCAUCAGCAACCUUCCAAGUCAUCUCCAACAUCUCUGCUGAUGCUCACAUCAUUCAAGAUGUGAUAGCUUAUAAGAUUCCCAACACCCUGGCUCAGUUCUGUGCACUCGUGUUCGGGCUUGCAGUCGCCUUCCUGCUCUCGUGGCGGAUGGCGUUGGCCUCUCUCCCGUUCGCGUUAGGAUUCAUCAUCCCGAUAGUGGCGUUUGGGCGGCUGAUGAUGAAGACAGGAGUCAAGAGCAAGGAUGCAUAUGAGGUAGCAGGCAGCAUUGUGGAGCAGGCGAUAUCGAACAUACGAACCGUCUACUCGUACGUGGGGGAGCAGAACACGGUGAAGCAGUACGGCCACGCCCUCGAGGAGAGCACGAGGCUCGGCAUCAAGCAAGGAUUGACCAAAGGUUUGAUGAUUGGAAGCAUGGGGAUGCUGUUUGCUACCUGGGCUUUUCAGUCCUGGGUUGGAGGCCUUCUUGUCACUGAACAUGGAGAGAGUGGCGGCCGUGUUUUCGUCUCCGGUGCCAGCAUCAUCACUGGUGGAAUGGCCUGUAUGACUGCUCUGCCAAAUGUGCCAUUCAUCACGGAUGCAUCGGCUGCUGCAAUGAGGAUAUUCGAGAUGAUAGACCGGGCUCCUGCAACGAGAGACGAAGGAAGAAUCCUGCGAAAGGUAAGGGGACAGAUAGAGUUCAGACAGGUUCACUUCAGCUAUCCAUCAAGAAAGGAUGAACUGGUGCUGCAGGGGCUUAGCCUGAAGAUCAGAGCCGGUAAGAAAAUCGGGCUCGUGGGAGGCAGUGGCUCGGGGAAAUCCACAAUCGUGUCGUUGCUAGAAAGAUUCUACGAUCCCGUGAAAGGAGACAUACUCCUUGAUGGCCACAGAAUCAAGAAGCUCAAGCUGAGAUGGUACAGGUCUCAGUUUGGGCUGGUGAGCCAGGAGCCGGUUCUCUUCGCCACGUCGAUAAAGGAAAACAUAAUGUUUGGGAGAGAAGAUGCAGCUUCCCUCAAAGAUGUCAUGGCUGCAGCUAGAGCUGCAAAUGCACACAAUUUCAUCCUCGAGUUUCCUCAAGGAUACGACACACAAGUAGGGCAGCUUGGAGUUCAGAUAUCAGGUGGGCAGAAGCAGAGGAUUGCUAUAGCAAGAGCAUUGCUCAGAGAUCCAAGAAUCCUGCUCCUCGACGAGGCCACAAGCGCCCUCGACUCACAGUCCGAAAGCAUCGUGCAGAGGGCCAUCGACAAGGCCUCAGAGGGCAGGACUUCUCUCAUCAUUGCUCACCGCCUCUCCUCACUCAGGAAAGCUGACACCAUCAUGGUGCUGGAAUCCGGGAGAGUCGUUGAAUCCGGGUCACACGGCGAGCUGAUGCAAGGUGGAGUCUAUAGCCAGAUGGUGAGGCUGCAGAAAUCAGCUAGCAUCCAUGAGUUCUCACCAAAGAGGCUCAUGUACCGGAGCCAUAGCCUCAGCUCUCGCCGUGGCUCGAGCAUACUCAACAGCCCUGCUUCCCCCUUCUCAUAUGCAUUGCCAAUCAGUAUGCUGUCCACAGUUCAAAACAGCCCAACUUCCUCCUUCAGUGUUCAUCACGAAGACGACGAAAAACCAGACUCCUCUGCUUCACCAACUCCCUCAAUGUGGCGUCUGCUCGAGAUGAAUUCGCCCGAGUGGAAGAGAGCCCUGCUCGGCUCCAUAGGAGCAGUUGCAGUUGGAGCAAUUUUAGCAGUGUUUUCUUACUGUAUGGGAGCUCUAAUCUCUGUCUACUUCGAAAGCAGAGCAAAAGUGAAGUCAGAGACAAGGCUAUACAGCUUCAUAUUUGUUUCCAUUUCUGUCAUAGUCUUCUUCAGCAGCAUAUUGCAGCACUACAACUUCGGCAUCAUGGGAGAGAGGCUAACGCAGCGCCUCCGCGUGAGGGCUCUCGAGAAGAUACUCACCUUCGAGAUAGGCUGGUUCGACAGAGAGGAGAACUCAAGCGCUGCAAUCUGCGCGCGCCUCUCCACAGAGGCGAACAUGGUCCGGUCUCUCGUGGGAGACCGCGCCUCCCUGAUCAUCCAGGUCAUCACAAAUGCUUCCGUGGCCUUCACAGUUGCAUUGAUCAUCACAUGGAAAGUGUCACUGGUGUUGAUUGCUAUACAGCCUCUGAUCAUCACCAGCUACUAUUUGAAGACAGUUUUGAUGAAGGAGAUGUCUGCGGAGGCACAGGAAGCACAGAAUGCAGGCAGCCAGCUAGCCAGUGAGGCAGUGGUGAACCACAGAACUAUAACUGCAUUCUCCUCCCAAAACAGAGUCCUCGGUUUCUUUGAGGCGACGCUGGCAGGGCCGAGGAGGCAGAGCAUACGGCAGUCGUGGAUAUCAGGGGCGGGGCUGUGCAGCUCGCAGUUCUUCACCGUGGCAGCCAUUGCCUUAACCUUCUGGUAUGGCGGGACGAUGAUGGCGAAGGGAGUGCUGACAGCGGAGCAUCUCUUCAUCGCGUACAUCAUCCUGAUGAGCACCGGGAGGACCAUUGCAGACGCGGGGACAAUGACUUCCGACCUAUCAAAGGGCGGCAGUGCAGUCGGGGCCGUGUUCAAGGUCCUCGACAGGAGCAGCGAGAUUGAAAUGGACAACGACGAAGGAAUCAAGAUUGCAAAGGCUCUGCAAGGGAAGAUAGAGUUGGAAGAUGUUUACUUUUACUAUCCAUCACGGCCGGGGCAGAUGAUCUUCCGCGGCCUCAGUCUCCGUAUAGAGGCUGGGAACACGGUGGCCCUCGUGGGGGAGAGUGGCUGUGGGAAAUCCACUGUCAUCGGAUUGAUCGAGAGGUUCUACGAUCCGGUGAAAGGAACGGUUCUGAUCGAUGAUCACGACAUCAGAAGCUACAAUCUGAGAGAGAUGAGAUCACAUAUAGCACUAGUUAGCCAAGAGCCAGCUCUGUUUGCAGGGACCAUCCAUGAAAACAUAGCUUAUGGCAGAGAUGAUGCCACAGAAGCUGAGAUAAGGGAAGCUGCAAUGCUUGCCAAUGCUCAUGACUUCAUAAGUUCAAUGCAAGAUGGAUAUGAAACUUACUGUGGGGAGAGAGGAGUGCAGCUUUCAGGAGGGCAGAAGCAGAGGGUAGCACUUGCACGGGCGAUUCUCAAGAAUCCAUCGAUCCUCCUCCUGGACGAGGCCACCAGCGCGCUGGAUAGCAAGUCGGAGAAGUUGGUGCAGGAAGCAUUGGACAGGAUGAUGGUUGGGAGGACUUGUGUCAUCGUUGCACACAGGCUAUCCGCGAUACAGAUGGCAGACAGCAUCGCGGUUAUUAGGAAUGGGAAGAUCGUAGAAGAAGGGUCGCAUUCUGAGCUACUUGCACUCGGAGACGAUGGUGCAUAUUAUUCCUUAGUCAAAUUACAGCACUAUAAUUCUCUGUAAAAAUUAUUAAAGCAACUUAUUGUAAGCAAUGUCAAGUACUCUUCCCUUUCUUAUGCCUAAAAAAGUUUAGGCAAAUUCUGUACAACUAUAUAUAAAAGAUUAUCAGAAGCGAAGCACUGAUAAAUCUCACUGUUAUAUCUACUGACAUUGAGUUAUGCUCA